AUGGAGGUGAUGGUGAUGAUAGUGAUGGAUGUGGAUGUGGAUGUGGAUGUGGAUGUGGUGGUGGAGAUGGAGGUGAUGGUGAUGACAGUGAUGGAUGCGGAUGUGGAUGUGGAUGUGGUGGUGGUGAUUGUAGCGAUAGUGGUAGAGGUGGAUGUGGAUGUGGUUCACUUCAUAGUCUGA